AUGGCGGUGGCGGCCGCGAUUGGCCGAGGGCUGGAUGACGUCAGGGGGCGGGGUCUGGGUCACGAAUUGGGGCCGCAUGGGGCUGUUUGGCCUCUCGCGCGCAGGGCUGUGGUUGAGUCGGGCCAUGAGUCGGUGGCCGGCCUGGGGAACCCUGGACUGCCCGGCACGCGGCACAGCGUGGGCAUGGCGGUGCUGGGGCAGCUGGUGCGGCGGCUACGUGUGGCGGAGAGCUGGGCGCGCGACCGGCGCUGUGCCGCCGACCUCGCCAUGGCCUCGCUCGGGGAUGCCCAGCUGGCCCUUCUCCGGCCAUGGCGGCUCAUGAACGUCAACGGGCGCAGCGUGGCCUGGGCCACGGAGCUGUUUGGACUGACUGCUGAGGAGGUCUGCCUGGUGCACGAUGAGCUCCACAAGCCGCUGGGGAAACUGGCUCUGAAGUUGGGAGGAAGUGCCAGGGGCCACAGUGGAGUCCGUUCCUGUAUUAGCUGCCUCGACUCUAAGGCAAUGCCACGGCUGCGGGUGGGCAUCGGGCGCCCGACACACCCAGACACAGUGCAGGGCUACGUGCUGAGCUACUUCGCCCCUGCUGAGCAGGAGCUGCUGCCUCCAUUGCUGAGCGCCACCGACCUGCUCCUGGACCACAUCCGUGAGUGAAGCCAGAGGCCUUCGUCCAGCCCCUGACACCAGUGGACUUGGCUGCUUGCCUGACUGUCGUGCCCACACACCCAGCCACGUCCACAGAGGUGCCACGCCAACCUGUGGUAUCUGUUUUUUAUAUAACUCUUCUCUGGGCUGCCCCAGGCUGCCUGUGGACGGAAGCGGGAACUGUGGCCGGAACAGGCCAUUUGGGGGAUAGGAGGUUGGUCUUCUCUCUGUGUCCUACUUAGAAAGUAGGGAAACUUUAGGAAGACUAAACUUUUUGAACCUUUUUGGAGAACCGGAGGUAUGGAUCUGUAAGAAUAAAGAUGCCAGCUUGGAAGCUGA